GUCAUGUAGAACUAGACAGAGACCGCAGUCAUAAGUCAACGCGGAAAGGAGAUGUUUUUUCGGAGUAAUAGCAGUCGCAUAUGAAAUUGAGUUUUGAUAGAGAGAUUUCCAGAAUCUUCGUUAUAGAGGAGUGAAAAGGAUAAGAGGAUUAUUUGGCUAAAGCCAGCAGGCAUGAAUCCGGAUAUGAGUUUUGGCACCAACAUGCUCUUCCACAGUCUGGACAGCGAUCUGAAUGCCUCUUUGGCCAUGGCGGAUGAGCUGUCGCAGGAGUUCAGCACCCUACUGAAGGAGUGCACGCCAAGCAUGGAGCCCCAGCCUCAGGCUUGCUUGACGAUCUCCGAAGAAAAGCCGCAACAGCCUGGCAGCUCUUCAGACAGAAACAAGGACAGCGACAGUGCUCAAUGCCUGUCAUACACGCCGACCUCCCAGAUCAUCGAGCCCAGCCCCCAUUCACUGGUUUCCACAGUUUUAGACAGGAGAUAUGGCUCCUCCUCAUCUGAUUCCUCCCAAAGUACUCUCAGUCCUUCACUGUCCACCAAAGACAAGUUGUCCCCCUCUUUCUGGCCCAGUAGUAGUCCAAACUACUCCUAUGGUCAGCAGCCACCUCCCAGCAGAUCCCCUCGUGACCUGAGAAGUAUGUCUCAGUAUAAGGGUGGCCAAAGAGAUCGUAGGCACUCAGGCUACAUGGAACGGAGCCCCUCCCCUUGUUCCAGGCCAGCGGCCUUUGACCAAUCAAUUUACAUGACGAUGCACCCCUCCCCCGACGCCAUGUCUCCUUACAAUUCUGGCUGCAGCAGCCCCGGGUCCCCACAACUAAGAAGGAGUGUCUCCCCUCGCCCCUCCAGCCAGUCAGCCUCCAGCACUCUCCCUCGCAGUUUCAAUACAGCUGAGGGGGACCGAAUGCAAACUGCCACCUGGAAAGAAUUCAACCGGGACUCCCCACCCCCUGUGUUAAGCAAGAGUUUUCCGGAUUCGCCCAUCCACCAGAUCAAGCCAUCCAGCCCUUCACUCCCACGCAGCACCCAUCUGUCGUUGCAGCAUGAUAGCCCCACCUCACCCCUGCCCCUUUCACCUUACGGUGCCCUGCGCCUUGUAACCCCUGUGUCGGCCAUCCCUUCUGCGUCCCAGGCUUGUUGGCACCACCCCAUUCCUCUCUCCGUCAUCAUGCGGGUCCAGAACCCCCCGGGGGACUCAGUGUCCACCCGGCACCCCUGCAGAAUGGAUGCAGCAGGCGAAGGGUCCCCUUACCAGAAGGCCUCACCCUGGCCACAGCGGGACCCGUCCCCACUCACAGCACCUGAUCAGGAUCAGCCAGCAGUCUGUGGAGGAGCGCUUAACUCUGCUGAGCUGGAUGGUGAAAUGGAGAGCAUUGACCAAAUGAAGAGUCAGUUGGGCUCAGCCUCAGAAAGGCAGCUGGAGAGUGAGGGGGGAGGUUGUGCAGCCGUCCCCCGGCCUCUUAGCCCCACUCGCCUCCAGCCUGUGGUGGUUCCAGAGGUCCCUGGCUCAGAGGAGCUGCUGCUCCUCCGUGCCGAGAUCCCCCGGGCGCUGAAGAGGAGAAGCUCCGAGGACCAAUCGCAGCCCUUCUGCAAACCCCACCUCGUGCAGCGCAACCAAUACAAGCAGAUCAUCCGCAGGCUGUUUCGCAGGAAGUACCGCCGCCGCAAUGAGGAGCCAGAGAGCGAAUACAGCAGUUCCUCUGACGCAGAUGACAGUCCCAAUUUGCCGUCAUUCACAGCCACCCUGCCGCUAGCACCUGUGGAGGUCCCACCCCAGCCCAAGGGCCUGCGGUCCAUUCUGAAGCGGCGUAGCAGGGACUGUAAAGGUUCUGGGCGCCGGGCCCGGCUCAGUCCACUGGUACUUCUGCUGGAUGGGGCCUCAGUUGGAGAGCUUGACACCGUGCAGAGGGCAGUGAAAGAGAUAAGUAACCCCAGCCAGCCCAAUGAUGAGGGCAUCACUGCACUGCAUAACGCCAUCUGCUGGGGACACAAUGCCAUUGUAGAAUUCCUGGUGCGUGUCGGGGCCAACGUCAGUGCACCGGACAGCCAUGGCUGGACGCCUUUGCACUGCGCUGCUGUGAAUAAUGACCUGGCCACCUGUGAGCUACUGGUGCGGAACGGCGCCGCGGUGAUGGCGGUGACAGUAGGUGACGGCGCCACAGCGGCCCAGAAGUGCGACCCCUUCGCCCCGGGAUUCAAGGAGUGCGAGUGUUUCCUGAGGGGGAUGGAAGAGGCCAUGGGUGUGGAGAACAGCAGGGUGCUCUAUGCCCUGUGGGACUACUCUGCCCAGGCCCCAGAUGAGCUGAGCUUCCGAGAAGGGGACACGGUCACCAUUUUGAUGAAGCCUGAGGGGGCGGAGUGGUGGUGGGCGUCCCUCUGCGGCAGAGAGGGAUUUGUGCCAAACAACUACUUUGGGCUUUUUCCAAAAGUUCAGCCCAAACCUCUUUGAGACCAGCACCAGACGUUUGGAUGAGUCCGACUGCAUUUACACUGCUUGGGGAACACUCAUCCUGCUGAUUGAUUAAGUCUAUGCUGUAGAGUGUUUUGCCCAUGAUAUGUCACUGACUUGAGAGAUAACUGCCUCGUGUCUCUUUGAGGUGAAAUAUGUUAUGCACACAUGUCUGUUGCUGAUUAACAGUUUCCUUAUGAGACAUGUACUGUACAGCCUCUGUGAUUGUAGCUGCUAGUUCACUGGAAGUGAACACAACUACUCAACAUUUAUCUGUAUAAACUUCCCAGAGGUAGGGGAUUUUACUGGUCAAAACAGACCUUGAAAACUAUGUACCAAAAAUGUUGACAUCAUCAUGAUCACAGCUAAUAAGUGGAAGCGUCGCCUACAACAUUUGAAACAACAACAUUUGAAAAAAGCGAUCCUUUAGGCCCUGUUUACACUUGGUUUUAAAAUGCGUCUUGG